ACUUCAGUCUCCACCCAGCAGUUUGAAUCGUAGCAUCAGAGGGGAAGCACGCUGCCCUAAUGUGUGAGAACGCCACGAGCGAGCGCUAGUCCUACCACCGCUCGCCCCGAUACCGGAGAGCUGAAUUGGUUUCAUUUCUCUUCCUUAUCACUGCCAAGGCUAGGCCUGAUUUGUCACAUUUCAUAAAACACUAGAAACGUUGAAUAGCCCUGCCAUGCCAGAGCCAGGGACGCCGCGACGGAGUCCGCAAGGUAUCCCCUACGACGACCUGCCGCACAUAAUCAACGCGGACGGACAGCAUUUAUUCUGUCGCUACUGGGAGCCGGAAGUCCCUCCAAGGGCGCUAGUGUUCGUGGCACAUGGAGCUGGAGAGCAUUGUGGGGCCUACAAUGACGUGGCCCAGUCACUCACCAAACAUUCGCUGCUGCUGUUCGCUCAUGACCACGUGGGUCACGGUCAGAGCGAGGGAGAGCGGAUGAAUAUUAAAGAUUUUCAGAUUUUCAUCAGAGACUCUCUGCAACACAUCAGCAUCAUGAGAGAGCGCCAUCCCAACCUGCCCGUCUUCAUCAUAGGCCACUCUAUGGGUGGGGCUAUCUCUAUUCUCACCGCAUGUGAGAGGCCACAGGACUUUGCCGGCGUUGUCCUCAUUGCCCCUAUGGUGCAGAUGAACCCAGAGUCCGCCACUCCUUUUAGGGUGUUUUUGGCUAAACUGCUGAGUCACAUGAUGCCCAAUCUCUCUUUAGGCACCAUUCAGUCCAAAUGGGUCUCCAGAGACCCCAAACAGGUGGCGGCCUACGACGCUGAUGAGUUGAAUUACCAUGGUGGGUUGAAAGUCUCCUUUGGUAUGCAGCUCAUGGAGGCAGCUAAUCGCAUUCAGCGCCUUAUUCCUGACAUCACUUGGCCCUUUCUUCUUCUCCAUGGUGAUGUUGACAAACUGUGUGACAUCAGUGGCUCCCAGUUAAUGUACGACCAGGCCAAGAGCUCUGACAAGACACUGAAGAUAUAUGAGGGAGCAUACCAUGCUCUCCACCACGACCUCCCAGACAUCGCUGAGGCCACUCUCAAGGAGCUCACUGCCUGGAUCUUGGAGCGUCUGCCUGCUCCCUCAGUGUAGUCAAUACUGUUCUAUUCAGCUUGCAGUGCUGCUUAGUGGUCCAACACACACACACACACACACACACACACACACACACACACACACACACACACACACACACACUUUCUACUGAACUGAAGGUCAGCUGAUCAUUCAGAACAUAUGUGAGCAUGAACUUUCACCAAUUGUAUGUGUGAAGGCCUAUCUUCUCGCCAUGAGGUAAAGAAUUUGAGUAAGUGUGUGCGUGUGUGUGUGUGUGUGUGUGUGUGUGUCUGUGUGUGUGUGUGUGUGUGUGUGUGUGUGUGUGUGUGUGAGUAUGUAUCUCAGAUGUGCUUCAAAGAGCAUGUUGCCGUGGUAAUUGGUGAAGUGACCAUAAUGAGCUAAGUCCUCUGGAACAGCGCUCCAUUGUGUGUUGCCGCGGUAACUGCUGCCUUUUGUCCUUUGAGGUGGUGCUCUCUCUCUAUCUAUCUGCUCUGCGUACGGUACUGCAUGCUCUGUAGUACUGCUGCCCCUAGAGUGCAGAGGCAGUACUGCAUGCAACCCAGCCAGUUGCCACAGCAACUACAGUAUAGAAACAGAAUGGGUUAUAUUACCUGUCACUCAGAGAUAGAGCAGCAGUUGCCUGGCUUGUAGGCUUUAUACAUACAGUAAACACACCCAUUCUCUUAUGAAAAAAAUAUAUGAAGAUGCAUGCUUAUGUACUAGCAAAAUAGGAUCACUCACACAUGAAACAUGUACACAAACAAUUAAGCAUGCACACAAUCAGCAGCUAUAAUAUGUCAGAUAAAUUCGCUGAGCACUCUGGAGCACAGAGGAUAUGACUGUUUGGUGCUCAGUUAUUACUGACUCUGACACAUGACUGUUUCCCAAGACUGUGAACUAUUCUAUUCACAUCACCAGCUGAGAGGUGCAGACUGUUGGUGAUUGUGGUGGUGGGGAGAUAGUGUGUGUGGGGGGGACUUCUCUGAAGAAUGUGGAUAUACAGGGAAAGUUUAAAUUUAAACAAACCUGCUUUUUAACUGCCUGAAGUGCGAAUGACCAGGAAAACAGUAUCAUAUGACAGCAAUAGAUUUAAACCUUACAGUCAGGGUCAAAAUGGCCAGGGGAGAGGCUUUGAAAUUCAGGAAUCAGAUGACCCUGAGGGGUCUAUCAUCUACACCAGCUCAAAUCCAGCACCAUACAGCCCAGACACACACACACUCACACACAUACACACGCACAUACACAAGACUCAUGUGAAAGGGGGUAAUUUACUCCUCCCAGUCAGUCUAAAGGAUGUGUGAUGGCUUUUAUACUCCUUUGGCAUUUAUUUUCCUCUGACAAGAAAAUAAUUCCUUGUUGAAAUGCCAGUUGUGACAUUUAUAUCCUGACUUUGGCAUCAAUAUCAUGUGGUAUUACAUUUUAUGUAUAGCAUGAUAAAAUAAUCAUUAUUGAAGUAUACGUAUAUUGAGAUUUUUGCACAAAAGAAAUGUAAAUAUAGACUACUCAUGAAGAAAGAGUAAACUAGGGGACAAAAUGCUUUAAUCACUGAGAAACAGUAUAAUGGAAAAGUUCUGUGAUGUUAAUAUGAACUGAAUUGUGCUGUUUCUGUCCCUGCUGCCCGCUGUUCCCUUACUCCCUCAGCUCAUGUUCAUAUUCAUCCUCCCUGUGAAUAUUCAUGGGCUUUGGCUAAUGUCUGAAAAUGUCAUUGCUAAAAUCAUGUUUCCAAAAGCACUUUGGACACAGCUUAUUGAAAUGGCAUGGUCCUGAGGAUAACUAAGGGCUGCAAGGGUGAUGGCCAAACAUUCCUGAGAGACAUAAUAGCAACGACUAUACAGUAGAUGUUGUCCCACUUUUUAUUUAGGGCUUCAUUGGUUUCACCGUACACAUGACUUUACACCAGUGACUUCUCAGUUCAUGUUUCUACACCCAUGGUGCACUUUAGCUUUAAUGGCAGGCUGAUUGUAUACAUCACUAAGCUCUAUUGAAACCUUACUAUAUUGUGAUUGUAUAACCUAUCCUGCUGAUGUCUUCAUGAUGUGCAUGAGUCCUGUCUUACUAAUCAUUAACCCUCUGCACAGGCCUCACUCUCCCAACUAUAUCUGCCAUGUGUUUCUUGAAUGACUUGGACUGUCAGAAGGAAAAUAAUAGACUGUGUCAGUAGGUCAAAUGUCAGUUGGACCUGUCAGUUGUCAAAUGUUAGUCAACUGUUUUUCAAAUUUGUGAAUAUACGUUGGUCUCUAUCUGUGGCUCCAUUUUGAAAGACAAUGUGUGUGUCUAUGUUACAAUGGAGAUGUCAGGAUUGUUGUAUUUUUCUGUUGAUGCAUCAUAUGGAAAUGUAAACUUGCAAUCUGAAUAAUAGUUUAGAAAGUUUUAGACCUAGGGCACAUUUGAUUGAGAGGACACAUUUAUUAAAUUAUCGAUAGAGUUUGGGGUGUAUUAUAGGUCUUGGGGAGUAUUGAGAUGUGUAAGAUGUGGAUGAUGCACCGGGUGGAGCCAGGACUGAAUUAGCCUUAGCUCCUGCAGCAGUUUCUGACACAGUCAGAAAAGUUAAUUACUGGGAAUGGCCUUGUCUGGAUAUACACAUUAACAAUUCCACAGAACACAUACAGGCAUAGCUGCCACAAUCCUGUUGCAUCUGUGCAACUGAAAAGCCGAUUUGUGGAUUUAAGGAAAACAAUGUAGCCUAGUUUUUUUCCAAGACGUUUUGCACUCUUUUAAUAAGGGUUAGGGUAAUACCAACCUUGACAUUUUAAAGUGGGGCCAUGGCUGACUCACCGCAGUACAUUGAGAAUUUGCAAUGGGGCAUUUGUCUAUACAUGGACACUGUGUUAAACCAGCAGAAUGUGGCGAUUUUAAUCACAAGGGUUAUUCUUUACAAUCAAAAGUUGCUCUUCAGAGUUCUUAUUUGAGUCAGGGCCCAUGCAAUCUAUGAAGGAGAUUAUUCAGAGGUCAUAAACACUAGUCCUCUUACUGUCUUGCUCCCUUGGCCAGUAGAGAUAAAGGUCCGAGGAUCUUGAUGUGAAUUGUGGUGUUAUCUUAAAUGGUGGGACCAAAUCCACCAUUUACAUUAAGGCAGUCCUGUGUAUAUGGCAGAGUACUGUUUUAAUAGCUCAAUAGUUUGUUUGCAAUUCAUAUUAUCCCUGAUAAUGGUGUUUUUUGUUUUGUAUUUUAAUAUUUACAUAUUAUGGACUGAUGUAAGUUACAUCAGUUUUGCAGAAGUCGGCAUAUUUGUGUUUUGCUUUAGUCACUGAUAAAUUAUUAUUAUAACGACACUGCUUAAUGUGACUUAAAAGAUGGGAUAGAUACUUUAUCUAGGCCUAAUUUAUCUACCACUUCCUACAAAUUAUCUGACACCUGGAUUAAAAGGAGGCUACUCUCAAUGUGCAAUCUGAUAUCAGUUUUAUAUUUACAUCAAUAAAGGCAUGUGAUCCCAGACUUUUGACUUGUAGUUUAACCUAUGCAUGUAUGUGCAAUGUUACAUUUCCAAUAUUGGAGCGGCAUUAGAGUGCUUAAUGAAUGAAUUAAUUGUAGUAGCCUAAUUGUGCAUUUGAUGGAUUGUAAACGGCAAACAUGAAUUUCUAAUAAAUUGACUGUUAACCCA